CCGAAGUAUCCGAAAUCCGAACUCCGAACCAACCACUGUUGUUAUGUGUGCAAAGCUAAUACUAAUACAGUAACAGUAAAAUAUUGACUACUUAUUGAGUACCACAUCAGUUGUGUUAGUAUCUAGAUUCUAGUGUAUAUAUUUACGGUCAUACAUGUAUAAAUUUGUGCUCCGAGAAGCCCGAGUACCUAAAUACGAGACGAGAGUCAGUGCAAAAAAACUACAGUUAAAGAGGCCUUCUCCCGGUACGUCGUCAUCGUUACACCCUAACCGUUUGGGAUAACACACCAGGGAGGAAAAGUAAAGGGCCCUAUGUAGUAGAGAGAGCAGGAAGGAAUCUCUUUCACGAACGAAAAAAAGUCGCGAACAGCCAUAUACAUAUAUACAUCUACGCGCGGAUGAGGAGCAAUAUAUUUCGCAGUGGUCACUGGUCCGGCGGUGCCGAUAAUCUCUCCCCGCGGCUCCUCUCCUUUUUUAUUGCUGUCGUUCGCGCUAGUGCGUGUAUACACACUGUGCCAUGCCUCAGGUAGCUUAGCCGUCGUUGUUCCAGCAGCAUCAUCUUGUCCCUCCGCUUGCCUUGUCUCCUCCCUUUGUCAAGGACGUGGGGUAUCAUCGCUGUCUGUCGCCAAGAAACGAGACACGUAUACGCUUGUGUAUUAGGUACCCACGAACCGUCAACCGUGGGACGCGCGCGCGAGUUGCAUGGAAGGCUCUAGCGGCGCGGCUUCUUCUUGUGUUUUGUCAGAAAUUGUUCACGCGCGCGUUCACUGUGUAAGGUUAUGCCGUCGUCGUCGGGCCCUGCGGCUGCUAGUACUGUUGUCACUCUUAUCGCCUGUCCUCGCGAAAUCUGAGCGUUACUCCUGGAUCUGCUCCUUCGGCCUUCCUCGCUCCAUGCCAUCAACCUCUUGGAGCUUCACACCGUGAGGCCCCGUGUAAUCUUGAGAUUUGCUGCAAGUGUGUGUACAUACUACCAAGGAGAAGAUGACGAAGAUUACGCUAUUUUGAUAAUAUAUUCGAGUAUCCUGGUGCAUAAGUACUUCUUUGAUGUACUCUAGCUGUCAGCUUUGGAUUUUUUUUUUUUUUAAUCUAUUUGAACGAGCUAUGACAGUCUUCUAGAGACUGACUUGAUUUUGGAACAUUAGGUUAAGAUUGCAGACAUCCAGACCAGAAGGUGAUGCUUUAAAUGGACUCCUGUAUUUCGACAUUCUCUCGACAGCAACAAUUUCCUACUAACACUAAUUCAAGUGUAACACGCAAAAUUGCUUACAACAAAAUUGAGCUGAGUAUUGUAUACUAUGGCACAAUUUUAUAAUGUUGUGACCAAUGCAAAUGGCACGUACACGAUUGAGGAUGUUCAACAAUUUUGUUCAAUCGAUGGACAAAGCGUCCAAUUUGUUAUCGAAGAUGUUAAUAAUGGUUCUAAUGUAGUACAACAACCAAUUUUGUACACAACUGAUAACAGUGAAUUGUUUUCACAACUUAAUUUUGGAACUCGUGUUGCUACAGCUCAGUUAGAAACACGACCUAGUGUAUAUAUAAUCAAAACAAAUGAUGAACCGAUUCAACAAAGUAUAUUUACUAAAGUAGAAUCCAGCUCUGCGCAAAGUAGUAAUAGCCAAGAAGUUAAGGAUCAAAUAAAUUUUUGCUAUGCUCCAGCUCAAUUCUCAAACAGUGAUUCUAUUGAGUUAGUUAUUAAGAAAGAUUCAACUCCCGUGAAAUCUGAAGUAGCAAAUGUAGUGAGGUCUCUGCAGCCCUCGACAUCGGUACCGGUCGGAUCGAGAAGCCUAGUUGUACAAGGAUCUGAUAGAAAACCAACUCGACUGGUUCCAUUGAAUAAACAAGUUGCUGGAGUCACAUCAGCCAAAGGAAUUGUGCGCAGCACAAAUACCCAAGCAGCGAAAGUAGGUAAGAUGAGACGUGCCUCAAACGUUGCAAAUAGUCCAAAUGUAGCAGUGACCGCACGUCCAAGAGCAUCAACAGGUGUUGGGGCAACUGUAACUCCAGGUACAUUAGUAACUACUCCACGAGGACCACAGGUGCGACCAUCUAUUCAUCCCGAAGCGCAUCAACGUAACUCUCAACCUGCCAACGUAAGAAACGCAGGACUAGCGCAAACACAGGAGCCACUGUCCAGUCUUAGCGAGAGAAUUCGCCAAACUCAAAAGCGGUCGCAGCAGAUUGAGCGGCAGCAGCCGAUCGAGCGGUUGCAUCAGCAAAAGCAAUCACCGCCUGUUAUGGUAGUGGCCCCCACAACAAGAUUGGUUCAAUCUUCCCAAGCAACCGUUCAUCGACAGCUGCACCAGCAACAGCAACAGCGCGCCAUGGGUAACUUCAUAGGUAGCAGACAACAGCAGCAGCAGCAACAUCAUCAGCAGCAGCAGCAGCAACAACAACAGCUGCAGCAGCAGCAGCAACAACAACAACAACAACAACAACAACAACAACAACAGCAGCAGCAGCAGCAACUUCAGCUGCAGCAUCAACACCAGCUACAGCAGCAACAGCAAAUGCUACAACAGCAGCAGCACUUGAUGCAACGGCAAACACCACCAGUUGCAACGAUGCCGUCUAUGCAGCAGCUCCAUCGCCAUGUACAUACUGCUGCAGUGGCAGUACCGGAUGUUGAAGAACCUAUGGAAGUUGACUCAACUGAAGCUAAUGAGCACAUGGAAAGACUUAGUCAGCUAAACAGUUCUAAAUCUGAAUCGGAAGAAAACUCUAGUGAAAGUGUAGCUUACUUGCAACAGGAAGUAGAUGAUCCUACCACUGCAAUUGUGCAGCAACAGAUUGUGGGUAAUGAAGCCAAAAUGCUCGUGAUACUUGAAAAUGGCGAACAAAGGUUGAUUACAUUUGAAGUGCCCAAAGAAGACUGUACUGUUCAAGACCUGCUAGAACAAGUAGCAAAUAUUCUGUCCUCUCAAGAACCUCGUGUGUCUUUGGUUUCCGAUCCAGCUCUCGGUAUUAACUAUAUAGUUGAUGUCACUAAAGGAUCCAGCUUUGAAGAAGAUCAGCAACUUGAAAGCGCUUCUAGUGAUGCAUCGUCUGUUACAACGACUGUCGCAGAGCCACCAAAGACGCCAGUUAAAAAUAAUGCAAAUCCACCUCCACUUGCCUCAUCAUCCAGAGCACUACCCAAGUAUAUCUCAGGAAUGCUGGCUGUGUGUCCAUAUUGUGGAAUGAGUGCAGCAGAUUUCUACGCGUGUCUAAGAUGUAAAAGAAAACUACCAGAGAACGUAAAAUCUAUCCCUAUAUCUGCAAAUGCUACAUCUAAAAAGGACAGUAGCGGGUUAUCUGUUGACACGUUUUAUAAAAAAGCUGAUGGCAAUGUUAAACCUAAUCAGGAAGCUGUUGCAAAAAGAGGAAGGGGAGGUAGAGGUCGAGGUAAUUUACCGCGGGCUGCAAGGCAGAUGAAAGAACCAGAAUGUUUGACCAUAUCUUCGGAUGAUGAAGAAGACAGUAUCAAACAAAAACAUCAAGACGGCACUAAAGAUACGUCGAAUUUAGUAAACUCGAUGAAUACUGAUGAAUGCGAUACUAUAACAGACAAAGAACCCGUUAUAACUGCCAAAACUUUGUCAACUUUGAAAUUAUUUAAAAUGAACAAAGAAAGUAUGAUGGCAGCCAAUGAUGAUGCAGAUACUGCAAACCAGUCUAGUACAUUUUUAAAUUGUAGAACAGUCAGGAUAGGAUCUUACAAAUAUGUUCCCGAUGAACAAGUAGAAUUGACUUCUAAUGGCUUAAAACUUAAAGUUCCAUUGAUAGAAGAUGAUAAAAAUUUCAUCAUAGUUGACAUUAAAAUUGAAGACUUGAUCGCAGCGUUGAUCCAUUUCAAUAAAUCAAUGCCUGUCUUAUUUUUUUAUCCAGAUGUUGUCACUGGAUUAAGGAUAAGAGGUGUUUUAGGAAUGCAAGAUCCUAAAGGUCCAUACUUUGACCCUGCUAGUAAAGACCAAACGCAUAAAAGAAUAACUCUUCUUCCUGAAAAAAUUUCUGAUGAUUCUAAAGCUCUACUUAAACAAAUGUAUCAAUCUAUAUUUGUUGAAUUAAAUACGAAAGAAGCUAAUGACAUUCUCGUCAAAGCAUCUCCUAAAUCGACUAGUUUUACAAAACCUCAUGUACAAACUCGAAAUGAAACGAAAAAAUCAACAACUUCUACUGGUAUCACUUUAAAUGGAGAAAUACAAAAUAUUACUGUUUAUCCUCCUCCACCGGCGAAAGGAGGAAUAGCAAUCAACACCGAAGAUUUUAUAUGUCUAGCGGAAGAUCAAUUUUUAAACGACGUUAUCAUAGAUUUCUACCUUAAAUAUUUAAUGUUGGAAGUAUUUUCUAAUAGUGACCACGAUCGAACUCACGUAUUUAGUUCAUAUUUUUAUAAGCGCUUAACAAGUCCUCAUUCUCAAGUUGGAGGAAACACGGAAAAUGUUUCAGCUGCAGCCAGACGUCACGCAAGGGUCCAAAAAUGGACAAAAAAUGUCAAUAUAUUUGAGAAAGAUUUUGUUGUCAUUCCCAUUAACGAACACGCACAUUGGUUUUUAGCAAUCAUUUGUUUUCCUGGCUUAGUUGGUAAGGUCACACAGAAAGUAGAAACUAAAUCCUUAAGUCAAAAGUUGGCAGAGAAGAAGAAAAAGGAUGCAAAAGCUCAGCAGGCCCUUACAAUUGGCAGUACGACAAUCACGCCAAUCACUUUAGAUCCAAAUGAUGAUGGGUCUGAGCGAGAUGAAGCUGAAGGAGAUGAGGAUGAGAUAGAGUCAGAGAGUGAUGACGACGAUGAUACCGUGUCAAAUGAAAAUAGUGAGCAGGCUAAUCCGAGUCCUGAAAUUCCUCAACAAAAUGACGAAACAAACAAAGUUCCUUGUAUAUUGAUAUUUGAUUCCUUAGCUGGAGCUAGUAGAGUACGGGUAGUAGCAACUUUAAGGGAUUACUUGAGUUGUGAAUACAAAGCAAAAAUGGGAGCAGAGAAAGAGUUCACAAAGGAUACAAUAAAAGGUGCCUGUCCAAAAGUUCCCCAACAAUCGAAUUUCACUGAUUGUGGGUUAUAUGUCCUUCAAUAUGUAGAAAGCUUUUUCAAGACCCCUAUAACAGACUAUAAGCUGCCUAUUAAAACGCUUAAAAAUUGGUUCGAGGAAAUUGUUGUUACUAGAAAAAGAGAAGAAAUAGCGAUAUUAUUGAGAAAGUUGGUUGGUAACACAAAGAGAACGAAACCUCUUUCUUUGCCUAUAUUAGUUUUUCCAACACAAGAUGGACUAUUACGACAAAAGCCUGAAAGCGAAACAAAAGAAGCAAAAGCUGCUGAGACUGAAGAAAGAAGAACCGAAGCAGAAAACAAAUCGAAUGAUUCUACUUCACAAGUGCAAAAGGUAGAGAGUAGUAGCGAAAUAUCAAAUCAAACUCCUACUGAAGAACAGACUGAGACCACGAACGUUCAGAAAGAAGUAAUAGCACCGACCAAUACGAAAUCACCUGCGGAUACGAUGGCAUUCUUAAAAAAUAAAAGGAUACCUAGGUUACAAAAACCAUCUGACACUUCAGAGGAUAAGCAGGUUACCAAAAAACAUAAGGGAGAGUCUUUUGAUUCCUGUAAAUAAGUGUUAAAUUUUUUUUUAUAAUGAUGAACUCUAAUUAAGUAAGUCAUUAAUUGUGAAAAAAAAAAAAAUAUUCUUUGCGUACACA